AUGUGGUUUUAUGCAUCAAAUAAGUUUUCAUCAUUUUCUUUCCUCUCACAGUGUAUAAUUGACUUGCUGGGAUGCAGACAUAUUUGUGCAUGCUGUUCAACAUUGUUGUAUACUUUAGAUUAUUAUGCAUUUGUUUCUGUAUGUGGUGUACGGAUUGAGUACUACUAUAUUAAUUGUCAACGAUUCCAUAUGUUAACGAAGGUUCUUGCCAAGAACACAUCUUACAUAAAACUUACAGUCAGACAUUCCCAAAAUCAUACCGUUUCAUCUAUUGAGCACACAUAA